CAAAAGUUGUGCAUGUGAAUCUUCUGCAGAGGACACCAUGGCCUCCACCCACUCUGUGCGCAGCUACUCCCUUCGCCAGCCCUCCUUCUCCAGCACGUCUGUGAGGGACAGCGGACGCAGCGUCCGCUCCAAGCCUUCCGUCUCUCCUCUGUCCCGCUCCGUCUCGAUGGGAAACGGCCUCAACAUGCUGGGCUCCAGCCUCAACUUCAACGGCCUCGGUGUCAGCACCUGCGACAAGGAGACCAUGCAGUGCCUGAACGACCGGCUGGCCACCUACCUGGACAAGGUGCGCUCGCUGGAGAGGUCCAACGCCGAGCUGGAGGUGAAGAUCAAACAGAUCAUGAUGGAGAAGGUUCCAAAAGGUCACGACAUCGAGGGGAUGAUGGCCCAGGCGCAUGUCAUCGGGCAGCAGGUGAGAAAGAAGUCUCUGGAGAACGCUCGGAUCAUGCUGGAGAUUGAUAACGCCAAGCUGGCAGCCGAUGACUUCAGGGUCAAGUGGGAGGCGGAGGCCUGCCUGUGCCAGUCGGUGGAGAGGGACUGUCAGGCUCUGCGGAGAGCGAAGUCCGACCACGACCAGAUCAUCGCCACGCUGCGGGGGGACCUGGACAGCCUGAAGGAGGAGCUCUACUUCCUCAAGAAGAAUCACGACGAGGAGCUGAGCUCCCUCAAGGGCCGUCUGACCAACGAGCAGGUGAACGUGGAGGUGGACGCUGCCCAGAGUCCCGAUCUGGGGGCCACACUGGCCGAGCUGAGGGUCCAGUAUGAGGGCAUCACCCGUAAGAACAAGGAGGAGGCUGACACCUGGUACCUCAAGAAGUUGGACGCGGUGCAGUCGGAGGUCCGAGAAAGCAACGAGGCUUUGCGUUCUGCCCAAACUGAGCUCAGCGAGAGACGACGCUUCCUGCAGGCGCUGGAGGUCGAGCUCGGGAGCCUCCGCAAACAGGUCAGCGUGUUGGAGGGAAACCUGGGGGAAACUGGACACAAGUACUCGGUGGAGAUGGACCGUCUCCAGGCCACACUGACCCAUCUGGAGGACGAGCUGUCUCAGCUGCGUCUGGACAUGCAACGCAACAAAACCGACUACGAGCAGCUGCUGCGCAUCAAACAGAACCUGGAGAUGGAGAUCGCCACCUACAGGAGGCUGCUGGAAGGAGAGGAAAUGGUGAAGGAAAUACCUCCACCUCCUAAAAAAGACCCUGAGAUAAGGACCAGGAAGAUUGUAAAAGUCGUCACUCAGACCAUGAUUAAUGGGAAAGUGGUGGACGAGUCCAGCGAGGUGGAGCAGAUUGAAGAACUUAAAAAAUGAACCACAGCUUGAGAGGAGAAGGAGCCGUAAACGUGCUGAUGCCUUUCAGCUACAACUCACAGUCAAAACUAGUGUGAAGACUUUUGUCCUUUUUAUGUCUAACUAAAGAUUUUAAGGUCAAGAAUGAGCAACUGCAUCUUAUUUAAAGGAAUAGUUUGUCAUUUUAGGAAACAAGCCUUUUAGCCUUCCUGCCAAGAGUUAGAUGAAAAGGUUAAUAGUACUGAUCUAAUAGUACUGAUCUUGUCAGGCAAGUGAAUCUAAGUUUUUCCCAAAAAUGACAAAAAGCUAUUUCUUUUUACCUUUAGUACUAACAGGAGAAUUCUGGAAAGUUACAAUAAUCAUAGUUAAUAAUAUUAUUUGAAAAUUGUCAGUACUGUAAACAAAUGUUUCUAGACAAUGUCUUUUCUUGCGACAGUAUCAACUGUAUUUGUUUGACUGUAAGAAAUAUUACGUGCGAAUUGUGACCUAGUUCUAUUGUAGUAAUAAGCAAAUCAACCAAAGCCGAUGUACAGUGUCAAU